UAGUAAAUUUAAAUAUGGACACAUUCAUCUGCAUUUUUCUUGUGUUUAUUUCAUGUUUCUCCUCUGUUGCAAGCAGACCUCACCUCCCCACACAUAAUGUCAGAGUCCAUGCCGACGCUGACGGCCUCUGCAGCGCGGCCGUGGAGCCACACAACUACCCUUGCCAUGAACAUAAAGUGACAACCAACGAUGGAUAUAUCCUUAGCUUGCAAAAUAUUCCAUAUGGAAUAUCAGGCAAGACAGAAGGGGAAAGGCAACCAGUUCUCUUACAGCAUGGAGUUCUCAUGGACGCGGCGACAUGGCUGAUUAGCCCACCCGAUCAGUCCCUGGCUCUGGUCUUGGCUGAUGAAGGGUUCGACGUGUGGCUCGUGAGCACACGAGGCACGGACUACAGCCGCGGACACACUUCCCUCAGCCCUGAUGAUGCAGUCUACUGGGAUUGGUCGUGGGACGAGCUCGUUGCAUAUGAUCUUCCGGCAACUUUUGAGUAUGUUCAUGCUCAGACGGGGCAGAAGCUUCACUAUGUUGGGCAUUCACAGGGAACUUUGAUGGCUCUUGCUGCAGUUUCUAGUGGAGAUUUGGUGAGCAUGAUGAGAUCAGCUGCAUUGCUUAGCCCUAUUGCUUAUCUAGGUGAAGUCACUUCACCUCUAGCAAGAAUUGGAGCAGAAACUCUUCUUGGAGAGACAUUGCAUUGGUUGCACAUCAAUGAAUUCAAUCCUAGAGGAAAAGCUGUGAUUGAGCUUCUAAAGUACAUGUGCAAGGAAAAAGGCGCAGAUUGCACCGAUCUCUUGACAUCUUUCACAGGUGAAAACUGCUGCCUCAACUCUUCAAUUGUGAGUGUUUUCUUACAGCAUGAGCCUCAGCCAACUUCAACCAAGAACAUGAUCCAUCUCUCCCAGAUGAUAAGAGGAGGCAAGAUUUGCAAGUAUGACUACGAAGACGAGGAGGAGAACAAGAAGCACUACGGCACGCCUGCUCCUCCCUCGUACGAGAUGAGCAGGAUUCCGAGUGAUCUGCCUCUCCUCCUCGCCUACGGAGGGGCGGAUGCCCUCUCCGUGGCGAGGGACGUGGAGCUGCUGCUCGACAGCCUCGACGGCCACGCCCGAGAUAAGCUGGUUGUGGAUUAUAGAGAGGAUUAUGCUCAUGCUGAUUAUGUGAUGGCUGUGAAUGCUAGACAAGUGGUGUAUGAUCCUCUCAUAGCCUUCUUUAGACUUCAAUGAUAGAAAAUGUGUGUGUGCUUUUUUUUUUUUUUUUUAAUAUCUUCACGUGGAUCGUGUCGUGUUGCGUGUAUUGUUUUUUUUGGUGCGCGUCGUGUGUAUUGUCGUUGUGGAUGUGAGAUGGCAUGCAGAUGAUGUCAUCAAGUGUAGCAUCUACGAGAUUUAAUGGUCUGAUGAGCUUUUGUGUUUGAUAUUUGUAAGAAAAGUUUGAAUUUUGAUAUAUAAAAGUAUAAUUUCAUCCGUCAAAAUUUGUUUUUAAA